AUGCAAAAAAAAGAUUGCGUCAUCAAUGAUAACAAUGAUAACAAUGAUAACACACAAAAUUUGUGUCAUGUGACUAAUAAGCUGUCGCACAGCAACAAACGCGGAAAUAUCCGACUUGUUGGUGCAGGACCCGGUGAUCCAAAAUUAUUAACACUUUCCGCGUAUCAAGCAAUUCAAGAAGCUGAUUUAAUAUUAUCCGAUAAACUUGUAUCUGAAGAAGUAUUAGAAUUGAUUCCAAAACAUACUGAAGUUUUUAUUGCUGCAAAGAAAUUUUGUGCUAAUGUUGAAGCCGCUCAAGCUGAACUUAAUCGUGUUGGUCUUGAUGCUUUAAAUCUUGGAAAAUAUGUUGUCAGAUUAAAGCAGGGUGAUCCAUUUUUAUUUGGUCGUGGUGGAGAAGAAUUUCUCUUUUAUCAAUCUCAUGGUUAUAUCCCACAAGUAAUUCCUGGUGUUUCAUCAUGUAUGUCUGCUCCAUUAUUAGCAAAUAUUCCUGUUACACAUCGGGGUGUUGCAUCUCAAUUCCUUGUUUGCACGGGAACUGGUAAAAAGAAUACCAUACCGGAAAUUCCAGCUUAUAAUCCAAUACGUACUACUGUAUUUUUAAUGGCUUGUCAUAGAAUUAGAGAUAUAACCAAAGAUUUAAUGGAGAAAGGUAAUUAUCCGUCAGAUUGUCCUUGUGUUGUAAUAGAAAAAGCGAGUUUUAUGGAUCAAAGAGAAAUAAGAGGAACUGUGAGUACUAUUGCUGAUAUAAUAGAUAGAGAAGGUCAUACACCACCCGGAACAUUUGUUGUUGGACAUGCUUGUACUGUUUUAUCAAAACAAUUAUAA